CGCUGCCUGCAACAAGGACCCCAGAUACCUGCCUGGCGGGGCAUCUGCAGAUCCCCUCGGUCAGGGGCUGCCCCGCCUGGGCUGUUCGGAGCAGCUCCUCUGUAGGGCAGGGCCUGACCUCACCCGACACCCCAGUGGCUUCAGCUCCCUGCCCAGCGCACGGGCUGCCUCCAUCAGGGCACUUAAGUAGGGUCAAGGUUUGCGCCGACUCCGUCUCCCAGAAAUCAACAUGGACCAGGCCCACUUAAAAAAUAUGCAUUAGUCGAAGACAGACGUCUCGUCCAUAGGUCCCAGACUCUGUCCACAACGCAGGGCUUCUCUUUGUGGGCCUGAAAGAGCACACGUCAGGCAAGACACGAGGGCAACUUCAGAGACACUGCUCAGGGCCACGGAGAAUUCUCGAAGUCUGUGAGUUGCCUCCAAAACAGCCUCCAGGAAAUGCAAUCCCAGAGACACCGCAAAGCUCGAAACAGACUUUUCAUUCCUCCCCGUUUCCACUCCCAGAAAAAGCCUGGGCCCCUGAAAGAGCUCCAAGGACUCCAGUCCCGGCACCACUCCAUCUUCCAGAGAUCUCCAGGGGUCCAGAAAUAACACCUCACAGCCUUCCAAGCUUCCCAAGGAUCUGGAGACUCCUUAUCUCGCAGCGCAAACCUCAGGCAACUACAGGUCUUCCCUGCACCUCUGAGGUGCCCCUCCCCCCACUCAAGGUUCCAGAAAAAAUCCAUGCCCUCGGAAACCCCAGAAUCUUACUUUCCCGAGGCACCCCCAGGACCCCAGGGUCAUCAGUUCACAGGGCUGUUAGUGCUCCCAUAAAACUCUAGCCUCCCAGAGGGACCCCAGCCCCCACCCUCCCGCCCACGAAACCCUACAUUUCCAGAAUCAGCCCCAGGGCCCCAACCCCCCCAAGCCCCCAUUUCACAACACGCUGGCGCUACAGGCGCGUGACUUCCCCUUGCUUUGGGGCGGGGGGCUGAGACUCCUAUGUGCUCCAGAUUGGUCAGGCACGGCCUUCGGCCCCGCCUCCUGCCACCGCAGAUUGGCCGAUAGCCCGCCCCGAGCGCCCCGCCUCUGAGGGCCAGCGCACUAUAAAAGAAGCCGCCCUCGCCACGUCCCCUCGCAGUUCGGCGGUCCCGCGGGUCUGUCUCUUGCUUCAACAGUGUUUGGACGGAACAGAUCCGGGGACUCUCUUCCAGCCUCCGACCGCCCUCCGAUUUCCUCUCCACUUGCAACCUCCGGGACCAUCUUUUCGGCCAUCUCCUGCUUCUGGGACCUGCCAGCACCGUUUUUGUGGUUAGCUCCUUCUUGCCGACCAACCAUGAGCUCCCAGAUUCGUCAGAAUUAUUCCACCGACGUGGAGGCAGCCGUCAACAGCCUGGUCAAUAUGUACCUGCAGGCCUCCUACACCUACCUCUCUCUGGGCUUCUAUUUCGACCGCGAUGAUGUGGCUCUGGAAGGCGUGAGCCACUUCUUCCGCGAAUUGGCCGAGGAGAAGCGCGAGGGCUACGAGCGUCUCCUGAAGAUGCAAAACCAGCGUGGCGGCCGCGCUCUCUUCCAGGACAUCAAGAAGCCAGCUGAAGAUGAGUGGGGUAAAACCCCAGACGCCAUGAAAGCCGCCAUGGCCCUGGAGAAAAAGCUGAACCAGGCCCUUUUGGAUCUUCAUGCCCUGGGUUCUGCCCACACGGACCCCCAUCUCUGUGACUUCCUGGAGACUCACUUCCUAGAUGAGGAAGUGAAGCUCAUCAAGAAGAUGGGUGACCACCUGACCAACCUCCACAGGCUGGGAGGCCCGGAGGCUGGGCUGGGCGAGUAUCUCUUCGAAAGGCUCACUCUCAAGCACGACUAAGAGCCUUCUGAGCCCAGCGACUUCUGAAGGGCCCCUUGCAAAGUAAUAGGGCUUCUGCCCAAGCCUCUCCCUCCAGCCAAUAGGCAGCUUUCUUAACUAUCCUAACAAGCCUUGGACCAAAUGGAAAUAAAGCUUUUUGAUGCA